AUGGCCGAUAUUUGGGGUGGUUCUGCUCAUACUGGUGGGAAUAUUUCUGCUGGUAACGAUGAUUCAGAUAUGCCUGAUAUAGAUUUGAAAAUCGCAAAUUUAGGAUUGAAUGUCGGCGAAUCGGAUACAUUUGAUGGAUUAGAGAAUAAAAAAGAUCAAUCUCUAUUUUUUGGUACUGAUUCCACAUAUAGUAAAGAUGACAUGUCACAUAGUAUUAAUAAAGGAAGUAGCGGUAAUGUCAUUUCAAAUGAUGACGAUUCGAAUUUCGAUUAUGAUAAGCUGAUCAAGUACCAGUAUUUGGAGUUUGAAGAAUACGAUAUUCCAAAAUUGCUGAAAUUAUUAAUUAAUUUACCAAACAAGUAUCCUCAUGUUACAACCUACCCAGCUGGGUUUUUAUUUCAAUUGAUUAGAUAUGCAGAUCAUAAGAAAAAUUCUCCUUCUCUAGUGAAAACUUUAGUUACGCUAUCAAUAGCAAAAAUAUUAUCAGCUGUGAACACUGAUGAGAUAACAAGUGAGGAAACUCAAAUUAAUACUGAUGAGACUGUAGCCGGUAAUUCAGAAGACAAUUUAAAUAUUCCUGAUGAAAAAAACGCAACUCCAAUAAGCACAAGGAAAAAUGCAAAUUCUACUAAAAGUAAACCCGGUGAUAUAGUGGGACAGUCUUAUUGGUUUGCCACAUUGACGUUUUUGAAUUAUUAUUUUUAUAAAGAUGAGUCUUUUUACAAAAGAUACCCAAGUAUUUUACAGGAGAUGAUAGACGCUUUACAUUCCAUCAUGAUUCAACUGGUUGCCUCUAUAAACGCAAGACUAUCGGAUUUAAUUGACUCUACGAUUUUAGAAUAUACAACAAUCCACGAUGUCAAACAAAAAUUAUAUAAAAGUGAUUGGAAUUUUUUUAAGAAGAGAAGACAAGCUAAAGCAGCAAAACAAGAGAUUGAUAAAAAAAAUGAAGAAACUGACUCAAUUUAUUAUGAUCAUGAAAUCUUAAAACAUUUAUUCCCGCCAUCUUUAGAAGAACAAAUGAAACCCUCUCCAAUCAAAUUGGUUCAAAUAUUUGGUGCUUUGGUUUAUGUGUUGGAUUUACAUAAAGUCCAUCCAUUGUACCAACAACAAUGUAUGUCUAUGGCAGUUCAAUGGUUUUCGACAAACCUUUUCAAUAGAAUUAUAAAAGAUAGGAGUAAAAAAUCACUUUCUAGGGCACAUGCAAUCCAAAUUAGAUUGAACUUGGAUACUGUUAAUACAUGGAUUAAAAAUAAUGAUCUUGAAGUUCAAAAACCGGCUAUGAUAGAUGAUUUUAUGUGGCAACUAUUUCCUUACACUCUAGUAAAGGAUGUAGCUGAUAUUAAUUUGAAUAUACCAACAUUGAGAAACAUUGCAACAUAUAAACCAAUAAUAAAGGAUGAAUUAAAGGGAAAGAAUAAAAGUACUUGGGUAUAUGACACAAAUAAUUCUUUGUUUUACUAUCAAUCAUUCCAUCGUAUAUCGAAAAUUCAUCUGGAACCAGUAUAUCAAUUACUACAAUGGUUACAGGUUGCCACAACAUUAGAUACAGAAGAAGCAUUGGAUGCAACGAUGGCUCUUGUUGACAGGUUAACUCCCAUACAAUUACUAAAAUCUAUAGAACAUUAUAGCUACGAAAUUGAUGAACAUAAAUUCAAAUCAGUACUGAAAAAAAAACUAUCAACUUUAACCAAAUUACCGAAUCAUAAAAAUGAUUUAGAGACUAUAGAAAAACUAAACACUUUCUUGGUCUUACCAACUAUUGCGGAACUAAUUGACUCAUAUAACAACGUAGAGGAUAAAAGGUCAUAUCAACCAUUCAUUCCCGAUGAUGUUGAAGAUGCAGCAUAUGAAAUUCAUGAUGACAAUUUUAAAGCCCGUAGAGAAGCAGAAGAAUAUGCAGAAUUACAUAAUAAAGUAGAAAGUGAUGAUAAUGAUGAUGAAAGUGAAGAUGAAGAUAAUAAUGAUAAUGAUAAUAAAGAUUAUAAGAAUGAUAGAGAAAGCAACACUAGAGCUAGUGAUGAAGAUCAAGAAUCUAGUGUUGAUGACUUUCACUGGGGUGUUACAGAGCCUGACUCGAAUAAAAUAACUGCACCACCACCUGGAAAUAAUACAUGGAAUCACAAUAAUAAUGAAUUUGAAUCGAACCCAUGGUAA